UUUUUUCUCCAGGACUACCACGUAAACUCUUCCAAGAAAUCGGGGAAGACGGGAGACACGAGGGGCAGAGACGCCUCAUGUCCAAGGUCUUGCUUCUCCUUGACUUUCAGCGGCCUAAGAGUGUCCCCAACCUCCGAGGCAAUGAAGGGCAGAGACUUCUCCCUCCGUCUCAAAGCUGGAGCCGGCUCAGGCAGCGUGUCAAGUUUCCAAAAACUCUCCCGGGGCUUCCGCAGCUCUGGCUUCCGGCCGCCGGUUCGCACGGUUGCUAGGCUCAGUUGCUAGGGUAAGUUGCUAAGGCACCAACAGCCUCGCAGGAAGGAUGGGCAGCCGAACUGCGCGCUCCCUUUCACUGUCGUAGUGGAUCCCCUCAGCUCCAAGCACGUCCGUUCCGCACGGAAACGUCCAGCUCCUUGCCCGGGCGAAAAGGAGGGCGGCGCGGAGGAAGAAGGGGGUGACUCCGCUCCGCGCGGAGGAUUGUGGGAGGAGGUUGUCUCCAGUUUCUCCUCCCCCCCUUUCCCUUCCCCCCCUCCCGGCCAAGAUGUCUGACAUGGAGGAUGAUUUCAUGUGCGAUGAUGAGGAGGACUACGACCUGGAAUAUUCUGAAGAUAGUAACUCUGAACCAAAUGUGGAUUUGGAAAACCAGUACUACAAUUCCAAAGCAUUGAAGGAAGAUGACCCAAAAGCAGCAUUAAGCAGUUUCCAGAAGGUUUUAGAGCUUGAAGGUGAAAAAGGAGAGUGGGGAUUUAAAGCACUGAAACAGAUGAUUAAAAUAAACUUCAAGUUGACAAACUAUCCAGAAAUGAUGAAUAGAUAUAAACAACUAUUGACCUACAUUCGGAGUGCAGUCACAAGGAAUUAUUCUGAAAAGUCUAUUAACUCUAUUCUUGAUUAUAUCUCUACUUCCAAACAGAAUUCUGAUUUUUUAUGUCAGAUGGAUUUACUGCAGGAAUUCUAUGAAACAACACUGGAAGCUCUGAAAGAUGCUAAGAAUGAUAGGCUGUGGUUUAAGACAAACACAAAGCUUGGAAAAUUGUAUCUAGAACGAGAAGAAUAUGGAAAGCUUCAAAAAAUUUUGCGCCAGUUGCAUCAGUCAUGCCAGACGGAUGAUGGAGAAGAUGACCUUAAAAAGGGUACACAAUUAUUGGAAAUUUAUGCAUUAGAAAUUCAAAUGUAUACGGCACAGAAAAAUAACAAAAAACUUAAAGCAUUGUAUGAACAGUCACUGCACAUCAAAUCAGCCAUCCCCCAUCCACUGAUCAUGGGUGUCAUUAGAGAAUGUGGUGGUAAAAUGCACUUAAGAGAAGGUGAAUUUGAGAAGGCUCACACUGAUUUUUUUGAAGCAUUCAAGAAUUAUGAUGAAUCAGGGAGUCCCAGACGAACCACUUGCUUAAAAUACUUGGUUUUAGCAAACAUGCUAAUGAAAUCGGGAAUAAAUCCAUUUGACUCUCAGGAGGCAAAGCCGUAUAAAAAUGAUCCAGAGAUUCUAGCGAUGACGAAUUUAGUAAGUGCCUAUCAGAAUAAUGACAUCACUGAAUUUGAGAAGAUUCUGAAAACAAAUCACAGCAACAUCAUGGACGAUCCCUUCAUAAGGGAGCACAUUGAAGAGCUUUUGCGAAACAUCAGAACACAAGUGCUUAUAAAAUUAAUUAAGCCUUACACAAGAAUACAUAUUCCUUUUAUUUCUAAGGAAUUAAACAUAGAUGUAGCUGAUGUGGAGAGCUUGCUGGUACAAUGCAUAUUGGAUAACACUAUUCAUGGCCGAAUUGAUCAAGUCAACCAGCUCCUUGAACUGGAUCAUCAGAAGAGGGGUGGUGCCCGAUAUACUGCACUAGAUAAAUGGACCAACCAGCUAAAUUCUCUCAACCAAGCUGUAGUCAGUAAACUGGCUUAACUGAGAACAAGCUUUUACAAGACAUACUUAAGGCAACAGUGCAGUGAUGUAAACCUUAAAAGAACUGGGAAUGGCAAAACUACUGUCAGUUGAUGUGCCCUGAAAAUUAUUGGAGUUGUGGCAGAAGUGCUUUUUUGAUCAGCUGGUUUGUGUUUUGCUGCUGCAUUUAUCCCAAGAAAAACAGCUUUAAUCUCCAGAAGAAAACCAAAAUGCCAUGGGAUUUAUGCUGUAUUGACAUCUUGCCCUAGACAUACAACACCAUAGUAAUUUGUCACGGGCAACUGAUGACCAGAGAGAAGAUUUUUGUCAUGAUUUUAAAUACACUGACACGUUACUGUUGGUUAAAUUUAAACAUGUUUUACCUGCAGAAAUUCUCUCACAGAAAUAACCUGCAAUAACUUGAAAUGCAUACCCUUUUGAACACUUCCUUUUCUCAUGUAUAAAUUAAAAUGUUUGCUGCAUUUUGCAAAAUGUCAAUUCUCCAAAAAUGUGUCCGUAUAUUUCUGUACCUGCAGUGUAGUAAAGGUUUAGACGAAACCCCAUAAUGAUAGUGGCAUACUGUCACUUAGGUUUCAAGCAGCAAAAUAAACAGUGCAGCUCAGAAAUUGUACAGUUUGGUUCUUGAUGUGUUUUUUAUUAUAUUUGAGUUUUGUUUUGUUUGUUUUUGUAUCUUAGAGAUUUCAAAUUAUUUUAUCUCCAUCUAAUGAUAAGCUACAUGGGGAUAAAUGAAUUGAUUUCCUACUUUUGAGGUUUGGCCUUUUUGUUUUGUUUUGUUUUUGUUUUUUGCUUUUGAAGUAGUCUAUUAACAAUAUGAAGAGAAACAAAAAUUAGAUAUUUAAUAGCCAGAAGUUGGGUAGCACCAACUUAGUAGAAUAAAAUUUGGGGGAAAAAAUUACCAAAAGUAAUGGGCAGGAUGUUUCUUAUUGUCUCUUGAAUUUCAAAUAUUGCUAAAAGGCUUUAAAUUCUAUAGUAAAUCCUAUAUAUUGCAGUGGGAUAGAAUACAAGCUGUAACUAUACAACGUGAGGUUUUUGGGUUUGUUUGUUUGGUUUUUUUAAUCACAACCAUAUCAGAACUUUAUAAUUGUCACCUUGGGAAGUAAGAUACUUAUUUUAAUGAUGCUGCAGCUGUGCAGAAUAUUUUUGGUACCCCUCUCUUAAAAACUGAUUUUGGAAUCAAAUUGAACCACAGACUAAAAUCAGUCUAAAUACUUUUGAAUCCCACUUUAUUUUUACCCCCAGACUACAUGCUGAUCACCUGCCGAAUUCACCAGACGUUGUUCCUGAUGCCUUUAGAGUAUUGCCAGAAAUUAAAUCCAUCCUCGCAGGGCAAAGAUUUUCUACUUUUGAGGUCUUCAAACAAUGUGUCAAAGACCAUGGGAGCAGUAUCCAAAGGGGAUUUACAAAUAUGUAAGGCAAUGGCAGCAUUGCUGGAAUGAGUAUAUUGCCUCACAAGGUGACCACUUUAAAAUGGAAGAAUGCUCAUUCAGAUAGCCAAGGUCUGGUAUGUUUGUUAAAAAACUUUAUUACUUUACAUUUUGAACAGUCAGAACCAAGAGGAAAUGUUAAUGUGGUUAAUUUAUUUUUUCUUUGAAUAUCAUCUCUUUCUGACAUAAAAAGUACAAGUGAGUGGCAGGAAACCUCUUUACAACCUUCAGAGUAAAAACAGUGUUGUUGGUGGAUAAAUCCUAUUUUAUAAUCAGCGGUACCAGCAUGGACUUAAACACAAGGCAUGCUUAUUCAGUUUUGUCAGCAUUUUAUGGAGAUUUGUGGUAUAUAUUUAUACUCUAGCUCGAUCAUCUCUAGAUUUAGGAAGGCAAUAACCAAUGUCUAUCAAGUUAAAGCAGUGUGAAUGAACAGUUGGAAGUUGGAAACUGUAGAACAUUGGAAGAAAACCAAAAAUGAAAGUCAUGUCUAUGGUAGGGAAUAAAAGAGUUGAAGAUAAUUUUAUCAUAUUAUGUGUAUUUUCUCCUCUUUUACAUACUAUAUCCUUCCUUUACAGAAUAAUGUGUUGUUUAUUACAGGGGUGGCUUAUUUUUUAAUAUAUAAAAAAGAAAUGUAUUUAUCAUUAGUAUUUGGAAGACCCUUUGUUACCCAAAAUAGCUGUCAAAUGAAAGGUAAACAAGUAAAGGAACCUGCCCACAAUUAAGAUAAUGGUAAACAAAAAUUUCCCUCCACCAGUUGAUAGAAUUAGAUUUCAGAGUGAUUUGUCUCAGGAUUUCCAGUGUUAGUACAACAAAUCUCCCAGUUUUCUUGUUCCAGGUUUUUGUUCAGUAGUACACCUUUUUGUAUGAGGGAGAAAAUUAUCAACAGACUCUUAAUGUUAAAGGAAGGAACUAUAUUUUCACAUCCAAUAUAAUUCUCAAAGAACAUCCCUAUAUAACUUUGAUUUUAUUCAUGCCUUUGGUUGGAGAAUUAGUCUAAAUGUGUCUCUUUGUUAAAAUCUUUAAUUUAUAUGUAGUUAUUUCAAUAUUAGUAAACCUAAUUCAGUGUUUACAAGAUAUAUUUUUCUAAAUUUAAUCAUUUAGAUUACAUAAUUUAGUCUUGUAUCUAGAAUAUGCACUUAAUAUCUGUUCACUAACACUUGGAACAGUAUUUGUUUGGUUGAAGCUCUGUGUUUUGCUUUGUUUUUUGUUCUUCAAAUCUUGUAAGACUGAAGUAUGGAUUAGAGAUUGAAUUUAAGUUGUAUUUUGACAGGCAAGUGUGCUAGAUUGGCAAACUUAUGACAGUGGUCUGUUGAUAGAUUUAUCCAUGGUUCUAAUGAAACACAGUUUUUGACUUUAAAUUAUAGUGUAAUAGUUUCACCUAGUGUUUUUACACUCAAAUUUAGUAGUUAUCUUUUGCCCUGCUGCAAACUUAGGCUGAUGUCAUUCCUAUAUACAUAUGUGUGUAUAUGAAUGGUUUCUCUGCUUCUGCGUCAUCCCCUCAAAAUGAUUACUUUAUAAUGAUGGUUAAUGUAGAUCUGUAGACACACAGAAGUAUUUAUGUGUGCGUGAGUGUGAGUAUAUACACACACAAAUAUAUAUAUAUCACUUGUU